UGAGUGCACCUUCCUGUUGGUGCCGAGGGACCCCGGCGUGGUUGUGCUCAGAGUGGGGCCGAGCUGACGCUCUGUCCCCGGCAGCCCUGCAGUGGUGAUGGGCAGGGGGUCGUCUUCUUCAGGGCAGGACGGUGGCUUCUCAGGUCCGGAAGCCCGGUGCUGGGGUGGCACUGGUUGGGGAGCGCAGAGCUGGGGGGCUCUCUCUGGCCCCUCUUCCCGACGGGUAGGGGUCCCCGGGAGGGCCGGGCGGAGGGGAGCGGGGCCCGGCGGGGGGGCCGGGGCGGGCGCGGCGCCGCCCCCAGCAGCAGCGGGCGGGCCCGGCGCGGAGCGGAGCGGAGCGGCGGCGCGGAGCGGCGGGGAGAGCAGCGGAGCGGGCGGAGAGGACGCGGUGGGUAGAGCCGGGCCAGCGACGAGCCGGGCCGGAUGGGUGGCACGGCAGGGCCGGGGCCUGGGGACCCCCGGGGUGGCUGAGCCGGCCCAUGGCGGCGGGCGCGGGCGCCUUCGCGUGGGCCGCCUUCCCUGCCAUGCCCACGCAGCGCGUGUACUGCAGUGGCGUGCACCGUGACGGGCAGCUCUUCGUGCUGGGUGGCUGCGGGAGUGGUGGGCGAGCCUUGGGUGCUGCCGAGGUGCUCGACCUCCCGGCCCAGCGCUGGACCACACUCCCGCCGUUGCCCACGCCGCGGGCCGGUGCCGCUGCCCUCGCCGUGGGCAAGCAGAUCCUGGUGGUGGGUGGCGUGGACGCAGCACAGAGCCCCCUCGCCUCCGUUGAGGUCUACCACGUGGAUGAGGGCAAGUGGGAGAAGAAGGCGGCGCUGGCUCAGCCCUCCAUGGGCAUCUCAGCUGUGCAGAGAGACGGGGCCAUCUAUGCGCUGGGGGGAAUGGGUGCAGACACCUCUCCCCAGGCACUGGUUCGUGUCUACGAGCCGGCAAAGGACCACUGGCAGCCCCUGCCCUCCAUGCCCACCCCCUGCUACGGGGCCUCCGCCUUCCUGCAGGGCAACAAGAUCUUCGUCCUGGGGGGCCGUCAGGGCAAGCUGCCCGUCACUGCCUUUGAGGCCUUCGACCUGGAGACAAGGAGCUGGACGCGCUACCCCAGCGUGCCCAGCCGCCGCGCCUUUGCUGCCUGCGCCAUGGCUGAUGGUGUCGUCUUCAGCCUGGGGGGGCUGCAGCAGCCGGGACCCCACAACUUCUACUCCCGUCCCCACUUCGUCAACACCGUGGAGAUGUUUGACCCUGUGCAGGGUGCAUGGAGCAAGCCGAGCCGCGCCAUCCGCAUGAGGGAGAAGAGAGCUGACUUCGUGGCCGGCUGCCUGGGAGGAACAGUGGUGGUCGUGGGCGGCCUCGGUAAUGCCAGGGGGAACCAGUCCUGCCCGCUGGACUCGGUGGAAGGGUUCAGCCUCUCACGGAAGAAGUGGGAGCCGCUGCCCCCCAUGCCCACCGGCCGCUGCUCCUGCUCCAGCUGCCCGGCACCCAGCCUGCUCUUCGUCAUCGGUGGGGUGGCCCAGGGCCCCAGCGGCGCCGUUGAGGCUCUGUGCCUGCGCGAGGUGCCCUGAGCGGAGCCCCGGGGACCAGCCCCGGCCGAGCACCAAGUGCCUGAAGACGGGGACAGGGUGUGCACGUGCCCAUGCGUGCGGGUGACCCAGCUCCGGGGAGCCGCCGUCCCAUGACGCCGGACACCAAGAGCAGCUGCGGUUUCUCGCCAUGCUUUGGAAACUCCUCUCGGCUCCUACGCAGCUGUGGCAAUGGAGCCCAGGGCAAAAUCCUGCCUGGCGGGAGGGCCGCGGCCAGCGGCACGGAGGGAGUGGCGGCGGCAGGACUGUUGCUGGCCGAACUGCCCUGUCCGGCCCCAUCCGUGCUGCGGCGUGUCCGUGCCAUGUGUGUAGCAGUGAGUGCUGUGUCGUCGUAGACCCAGUCGAUGUCUCAUGUAGCACAGAGGUGCCCUGUAGCUCAGUGCCUAGGAGGUGAUGUAGCACCUCGAAUAAAUGAAAGACAUGGAAUUUUA